UUAUCUCAGCAUGACAGCGGGAAAGCGCGAAGGUAUAAGAGCUCCCGUCGGAGCAUCCCGCUCCACUCCACACCCGUGGAAUCGAGACGACGGGCGCAACACCGCCCGAGGGAGCGCAGCCGCGGACACCCCGGGACCGGGGAGGGGAAUGCGGCGUUCCCAGACCCCGCACCUCAGACAGAUGCCACCUGGAGCUCGGAUUUCUCCCACCUUCCUUGUGCUGCGAUCUGCCGCCGUCGGGAGGAGAUGCGACUUGAGAUCGAGAUGAGCACGCGUUUAAUUCCCGGCUGUGCUUAGGAUCCGGCCAAGAAACCGCAUCGGUGCACCCGGGGCUGCCUCCGGCUCCUGCCCACAUCCGCCAGGGAAAGGACAUCUCUGGUGGGACACACAUGGGAGCAGAAGGGAAGACACCAGUUGGUUGGAUGCUUUGAGGAAGCAAGCUUGAGAAUAACCAGGUUCCUUGCCUUUCUCUCCUAGCCCUUCUUGCUACCAGCAGGUCUAGGCCCUCUGCUGUGACCAUGGAAAAUACCUCUAUCCCUGAGCUCAAUUCUACAUGUGUGGCUGGGCACACAGACUGUGCAAGGAGAGGAGAUGAGGAGCUGAAUAUUCCCACUUCCCCACCAAGCCCCAGCUCCUACAUCACGAUGCCUGUCAUCUAUUCCAUCAUCUGCGCUGUGGGACUGACAGGUAACACUGCUGUCAUCUAUGUAAUCCUCAAAGCCCCAAAGAUGAAGACAGUCACCAACAUCUUCAUUCUCAAUUUAGCCAUUGCUGAUGAGCUUUUUACCUUGGUGCUGCCCAUCAACAUUGCUGACUACCUGCUCCUACAAUGGCCCUUUGGAGAGUUCAUGUGUAAGCUCAUUAUCUCCAUAGACCAGUACAACAUUUUCUCCAGCAUCUACUUCCUCACUGUUAUGAGUGUUGACCGCUACCUUGUUGUAGUGGCCACCACCAAGUCCAGGAAGAUGUCUUACCGCACCUACCGAGCUGCCAAGAUUCUAAGCCUCUGCAUCUGGUCCUUUGUCACAGUCAUCAUCCUGCCCUUCACUGUCUUUGCUAAGGUACACAAGGAGCAGGGGCGCUCCCAGUGUGUUUUCGUGUUCCCUCAUCCUGAAAUCAUGUGGUGGAAAGGCAGUCGGAUCUACACCCUUAUCUUAGGCUUUGCUAUCCCAGUGUCCACCAUCUGCGUCCUCUACACCAUCAUGUUGUGCAGAUUGAGACGUGUGCAUCUUCAUAGCAAUGCAAAAGCUCUGGAUAAAGCAAAAAAAAAAGUGACGCUGAUGGUGGUUGUCAUCCUGGCUGUGUGUCUGUUCUGCUGGACACCCUAUCACCUCAGCACAGUGGUGGCCCUCACCACAGAUAUCCCACAAACUCCUCAGAUUGUUGGGAUUUCCUAUUUCAUCACUAGCUUGAGUUAUGCCAACAGCUGCUUCAACCCUUUCUUGUAUGCCUUUCUGGAUGAUAGUUUCCGGAGGAGUUUUCGUAAACUGAUGGACUGCAGAACCACCUCAUAGAGCCAACACCAUACUCUCUUUUUACCACUGUCUGCUCUUUCCGAGGGUAUUGAGGCCAAAGAAUGCUUUUUGCUCCAGCCUUCCUGUGAAGGUCCACAGUGCUUCAGAUUUCACUGCCUGAAAUACAAACUGGGGACAGAUAGGUCAUUCUCAACUCAACUUUCUAGCACCUAUUUCCUCAGCAUUGCUUUCCAUCUCUUUUGCUAGUGUUUGUUUUUUCCUUUCUCUCUCACGUGCUUUCUGUCCUAAUGUGAUAGCUCACACAGCUGCAGCAGAUCCCUUUUCUGUUUUAAAAUUUAUUGCCUUGUGAGU